GGGGCGGUGCUGCCGGAAGCAGACGUGUGUUUCGGGAGGAAAGGGAAGCGAUGGCGGCGGCCAAGGCCGAGUGGGAGCCGGCGGGGCUGCUGCCUGCCGCGGGGGGCGGCCUGGACUGGGAGGCGGUGCUGGGCGAGGAGCUGAGCGAGCUGCUGGGCGCCGCGGCCCCGAAGGACGAGCCCGACGAAAAUGAUCUCUAUAACUUUCAUUUUGAUUUGGAUUUGAUGUCUUGGGACUCAGACCUUUGGAAUAUUACAGGCCAUGCUUAUACAGAUGACAGUGUGAAGACAGAACCCUUAUCACCAGCCACUUCAAACUGUUCGGUCCCUUCUCCGUCGUCUGUGGACUCUCCAGUGCAGAAUGUGCCUGAUGAUGUGGACUUCAGCUGUAGCUCCCAGAUGUCUCCCAUCUCUCUCUACAGCAAGAGCUGCAGGAGCCCUGCAUCCCCCGAAGGAGAUGGGGGGAAGAAGCCUGCUGUCAGCAUCUCUUCUCGAUCUGGAAAUAAUUCUGCGAGGAACCUGAAGAGGGGUAGUCAGACAGUGUCCAGGCCUUUGAUACAACCCAAACCCCUUUUGCCUGCUGUGCCUGAAACUCAGGCUAACAUUGGCGUCCCAGCUAAAACCAUCAUUAUUCAGACUCUUCCCAUGCUUGUACCACUGCCAAAGAAUCAGCCAGUUGUUAACAUUCAGCCAGCACCUCCUAAAGGUCAAUCAGUGGUGCUCCCCCAGCCCUCCGUGGUGCAGCUUCAGGCUUCUGGGGUGCUUCCUGCUUCCCAGCCAGUCAUUGCUGUCACUGGAGGGACCACACCACUUCAAAACCACACGGUGAACGCAUUGCCUCCAGCUGCUGGAAAUGGCUCGACAAGUGGGAAAAUACCAGUGACCAAGCCCUUGCUUCAAGGCACCACACCAGCAGUGGGGCUGGAUGUCAAUGUCUUGAGACGGCAGCAGCGCAUGAUCAAAAACCGUGAGUCGGCCUUUCAGUCACGCAAGAAGAAGAAAGAAUACAUGUUGGGACUGGAGGCCAGGCUGGAGGCAGCCUUGCUGGAGAAUGAGAAACUCAAGAAAGAAAACAGCACACUGAAGAGGCAGCUGGAUGAAGUAGUAUUAGAGAACCAGAAGCUCAAAGUAUCAUCUCCAAAGAGAAGGACCCUGUGUGUGAUGGUGAUACUGGCUUUUAUAAUGCUCAAUUAUGGUCCACUGAGUAUAUUCGAAAAGGAUCCCAGUGGAGUUGAUUCCACUGCGAGUUCUAAUCACCGGACCAGAAAUCUUCUGGAGUUCUCAGCUGGCCAGGAGUCCAGUGCAGCUCAGAAAAUACCUGAGGGCAUCAUUCCCGAGAAGAGUAAUAGGUAUGAUCGUUCUGUAUCUGAUAAUAAAGCACUAAUGAUAGUCUCAGAAGAGCCACUUUUAUAUAUUUCACCACCACCACCACCCUGUCGGCCUCUGAUCAACCGGACAGAGUCGCUGAGGCUGAAUCAUGAACUUCGAGGAUGGGUUCAUAGACAUGAAGUGGAACGAACAAGAUCUAGAAGGUUAUCAAAUAACCAGCAGCAGAAAGCACGGGUUAUGCAGAACUCCCUGAGUGAGAAGGCAGAUUCCCAGCUGAUGGCCAUGCCUUACACAGACACCAGACUCAGCAGGAACUCAGGGAAUGAGCUGCAAGUGUAUUAUGCCUCUCCAAGGAGCUAUCAAGACUUCUUUGAAGCAAUUCGCCGAAGGGAAGAUACUUUCUACGUGGUGUCAUUCCGCAGAGACCACCUGUUAUUGCCAGCCACCACACAUAAUAAGACCAGAAGGCCAAAGAUGUCUAUAGUGUUGCCAGCUGUAAACAUCAAUGAGAAUGUCAUCAAUGGGCAGGACUAUGAGGUGAUGAUGCAGAUUGACUGUGAAGUGAUGGACACCAGGAUCCUCCACAUCAAAAGUUCAUCUGUCCCUCCAUACCUCCGAGAGCAGCGCAGAAAUCACACCGACACCUUCUACAGCUCGUCCCCCUCCGUCCCAGAGAUGCCCCAUGCCCUGAGGGCCAUUGUCAAAUCCCCACAGUAGCUCCUGGUUUAGUGCACAGCCAGUGCAUCCAACAUGCAGCAGGUCCUGCCGCCAGACUGAGCCCUUCCCUGGCAGGGCCCUGGGGCUCCUGGCACAUGAGCACAGCAGGGGCAGUCCCCCUGAGCCCAUUCCUGUGCCUGACCCUACCCAACCACCACAUCCUGUCCAGGGAUUAUGCAGCUCAGCCCUGGGGGCCCCAUGCAGCAGUGCCUGGUGCCAGAGGUGUGGGUGAGGCACCACUGCAGUCCUGGGGUCAGCAUCAGCAGCUGGUGCCCAGGGCUGGUGUGGGGGGCACACGGGCCAUCCCUGCUACUUAUGCAUUGUCCAAAACUGUAGGUUGUUUUCAAUUUUUGUCCCUGUUAGGCUGCCUCCUGAGGUGGUGUGCUGAACCCUGAUGUCCUGCCCAGAGACAUCACAGCAGACGCCCAUGCUUGAGAUCAGGCUUCUCUCCCUGCAGUGUGCGAUGGGCAGCAGCAGGAAGCAGUGUCCAGCUCCCAGCUGCAGGUGCAGGGAUUGCUGCAGCCCUACACCCCAUGCUGGGCCAGCCACCCAGCCCUGGUCUUGCACCCCAGGAGCAUCCCUCUUCUUCCAGAAUGGCUGUGCUGGGCCUGACCGGGCAGCCCCACUCCACAUCAACCCCCACAGCUGCCCAAAUCCCUGCCUGUGCAACCUCCCUCGCUGGGGAGCCCUGGGAUGCUUCCCAGGGCAGCAGUAGUAGUGCUGUGGGGCAGCCCAGCCACUGCCACCCAGGAGGUGGGACCCUACACUUACAACUAAAGCACCACAGCCCACACUGACAGGGCAGUGCACACCCCCCACACCUCCUCAAGUCUGUGCACUCUCCUGCACACUGCUGCUGUCUUCCCCAGCCCACGUGGCUGCUUGGCUAAAGGCUGGGGCUUGGCCCAGGGGAGGUGAUUUAAUGCAGCAGAUGCAUUUGCAAAGUUUUUGGUUUCUUGGGUUUGGUUUCUUUUUCCUGUUUUUUGUUUGGGUUGUUUUUUGUGUGUGCUAUUUAAUACUUUUCACUGCUAACAACAGCCUGUGGAGCAGCACUGGCCCCGCUGGGGCAGAAGGGCUGCUUCAGUUCAGAGGGACACAGUCACAGCACCUUCCUCCUGAAACCACACACACGUAAUGCACACUCAGCCCCACACACCCUCUCUGCCUUCCCAGCACUGACAGGCACCUGCCAGGCAGUGGGGGGUUGUGCUGUUUGCCCCAAACAUGGAGCUGCAGCCGACUGCUGCUGUUCCAAAACCAGUGUGGAGCUGUGUUCAGUCUGUCCCACGUUUGCCGGCCGAGCCCCAGGCCGGAGCUGGGCCGAGGAGCUGGGCACUGAGGUGCUCAGCCGGGAUGAGAGCCAGCAGAGCAUCAGCCUUUCAUAAUGACUUCAGCAUGUUACAGCAUUUUUCUUCCCCUUUACAGUUCACACAGAAGAUGAUGGGCUUCAGUUUGCCAGCCAGCUGCCUUCCCUUCAUGAUCUGAGCACUGACUGGCUCGUGUGGGGUUUUUAACUAUGAAUAUUAUUAUUAGUGUGUGUGUGUGUGGCUGUUAGGAAAUAAAAGCUGAUCCAGCAGCAAGACAAACAGCUCCAGGGGCAGUGAGGAGGAGGAUGAGGAGCAAUACACCCCUGUGAAGUAUGUGCCUUGCAACACCAUGGAAAAACUUUGCCCUUUGCCACGUACUCGGCGCAAGCUGCGCAGGCCCCCCCAUCCUCUCGGCGCUCGCGCGGCUGGGAAGCAGCCGGGCUCGGCAAGGGGUUUGGCUGCACUCCUUGCACCAGUUCGUUUUCCUGGCCCCGGCCCCACCUGACUGUGGGCCAGCUCACACAAUAUUCAAAAAUAAAAACCCCAGCAGUGCCCCAGCCAGAGGCACACAGCUCCCCUGCAGUCCCAGGAAGGGAUGGCUGACUGCUGUGGGGGGCAUUUACUGGGUUGGCACAGCCCAGCACGUUGGGAAGGGCUGCUGGUAGAGGCUGGGGGCUCAGGACUGCUACAGCACUGCAUCCUCAGUCAGCACCAUGGGCUCCAGUGGUGGAGAGCAUCUCUCAUCCUGUGUAGUUCUGUUCUUUGUGUCCCUGGCACUGAAGGCAAUAAAAUCCUUCUUUUAUUUAUUAUUAA